GAAGCCACGACGACAACGCUAGUAAUCGCUAACCCCUCGACUCACCGUCGUCGCAAGGUGGGGCUGGGCAACGGCGGCGGCGGCGGCGGCGGCGGCGACGACGACGACGACGACGGAAGAUGGGCUGGUGGUCCCUCUUCCCCGAUCCCCGUCUCCCCGUCUCCCUCCCCCUCUCCCUCUCCCUCCUCCUUUCCUCUCUGGCGUUGAUCUUGGCGCUUAGCAUUGCCGCCUUCUUCCUCGAAUACGUCAGGAAGAUCGGAUGCCGGCACUCGCUCGAAAGAACCGCGGUCUCGGAUUCCUUCUUCGAGGAUCCCAACUCGUUGAAGAAGGUCCCAUGCCCUUCUAUCUGUGAUCCUGCUGAAAAGUAUAUAUCUUUGAUUAUUCCUGCAUUCAAUGAAGAGCAUAGGCUUCCUGAAGCUCUUAUUGAGACCAUGAAUUAUCUCCAACAACGGUCGGCAGUUGAGAAGUCCUUUUCUUACGAGGUUUUGAUAGUUGAUGAUGGAAGUACUGAUCGGACUUCAAAAGUAGCAUUUGAUUUUGUAAGGAAGUACAAGAUUGAUAAUGUAAGGGUUAUUCUACUCGGAAGAAAUCAUGGAAAAGGAGAAGCUAUAAGAAAAGGAAUGCUCCAUUCACGUGGUGAGCUGCUUCUAAUGCUUGAUGCUGAUGGGGCAACCAAGGUGACUGACCUUGAAAAGCUUGAAACUCAGAUAUGUGCAUUGACUAAAAAGAAUAAAGAACUUAACUCAUCUGCUGCAAUGCCUAAUGGUCUGAGUUUGAAGCUAUCUGACAUUGAGGUUGCUGCAUUUGGUUCUCGUGCUCAUCUUGAGAAGCAAGCUCUUGCUACAGUUUGUUUCCUUUACCUCCGACAAUCAUAUAGGAAGUGGUACCGGAAUUUUCUUAUGAAGGGUUUCCAUCUUGUAGUUUUAUUAACUGCUGGUCCAGGAAUUCGUGACACACAGUGUGGCUUUAAGAUUUUUACGAGAGCUGCUGCCCGGAAGCUAUUCACAAAUAUUCGAUUGAAGAGGUGGUGCUUUGAUGUUGAGCUUGUCUACUUAUGCAAGCAUCUUGGCAUCCCAAUGGUUGAGGUCUCUGUUACCUGGUCUGAGAUUCCUGGAUCUAAAGUGCGCCUGACCAGCAUCAUACACAUGCUUUUUGAGCUUAUUCUUAUUCGAGUGGGCUAUGGACUGGGAAUAUGGAAAAUUCACACCUGACCAUCUGUACAGUCUCCCAUGGAGUUCACAAAAUCCUGAAUGUUGUCGCUAUUGGAACCACAGGAAGUUAUAAAGCCAGUUAGGAGUUUGAAAUUUUGGAGACCAUAGCAUUUCUGUUGAUGGGGCAUACAUCUCCAUGCGUUUGGCGGCUCUUCUGAAGCAUUUUUUUCAUCUGGGGGCCGAACUUUCGAAUUAUUACAAGUUUAGUAGGACGAAAACACGAGAUCGAUAAGUUAUAACUGUGUGCUACAAGUGACAAGACUAGAGACUUUUUAUGUUUCUGAUUGUCAAUUCUCUCUUAAGGCUGCUUGUCAUUUCGACAAUCUAGAUCCUGGGACAAGCAAUACAGCCAUCUGCAUACUUAACCAUGUUGGCUCUCUUUGCGCAAGGCUAACAUAUCUUUUUCAUAUUCAUAUUUUGUAAACUAUUCCAUUAUGUUUGCUUAUUUUGGGUGAACUCGUUACAUUUACUGAUAGAUGUAUCAAAUUAUAUCAAGGUGACUUUGACAAUAGCAUUUAGUCACAAGUAAAUUUCUGCUAGAUAUUCACAAUA